CAUCUCAUCCAGACCAUGGAGUCUCAUAAUCACACUAAUCUGGACACUUCUCUUUUCUUCCUCCUGGGCAUCCCAGGAAUGGAACAGUUCCACCUGUGGCUCUCACUCCCUGUGUGCUGCCUGGGCACUGCUACAAUUGUGGGCAACAUAACCAUCCUGGUUGUUGUUGCCACCGAACCAGCCCUGCACAAGCCUGUUUACCUGUUCCUGUGCAUGCUCUCCACCAUUGACUUGGCUGCCUCCUUUUCCACAGUUCCCAAGCUCCUGGCCAUCCUCUGGUGUGGAGCUGGACAUAUCUCUGCCUCUGCCUGCCUGGCACAGAUGUUCUUCAUUCAUGCCUUCUGCAUGAUGGAGUCCACCGUGCUGCUGGCCAUGGCCUUUGACCGCUAUGUGGCCAUUUGCUACCCACUCCGCUAUGCCACUAUCCUUACUGACACCAUCGUUCUUCGAAUUGGAUUGGUAGCUAUGGUGCGGGGCUCCAUACUCAUGCUCCCAUGUCCCUUCCUCAUUGGGCGUUUAAGCUUCUGUCAAAGCCGUGUAAUCCCACAUACAUACUGUGAGCACAUGGCUGUAGUGAAGCUAGCCUGUGGAGAUACCAGGCCUAACCGCGUGUAUGGACUGACAGCAGCACUGCUGGUCAUUGGGGUUGAUCUGUUCUGCAUUGGUUUCUCCUACGCCUUUAUUGCACAAGCUGUUUUUCGCCUCUCAUCUCAAGAAGCUCGGUCCAAGGCCCUAGGAACCUGUGGUUCCCAUGUCUGUGUCAUCCUAAUCUCCUAUACACCAGCCCUCUUCUCCUUUUUUACUCAUCGCUUUGGCCACCAUGUUCCACUCCAUAUUCACAUUCUUUUGGCCAAUGUCUAUCUGCUCUUCCCGCCUGCUCUUAAUCCUAUGGUUUAUGGAGUUAAGACCAAAGAGAUUCGGGAAAAGGUUAUCAAGGUGUUUGUAAAGGGGCAGGGAACUGGUGCCAAGGCAUCUGAAUGA